CCAACUGAUUUUAUGGGUUAGUACCAUGAGUGAGCAUGGUGUGAUUAUUGACACCAACAAUGGCAAGCCACUAGUUUAUUUUUUGAUUGAAAAUUUUACAAAUUUUGAUAAAAUGAAAACAUUAAGAGGGGUUUUAAUAUAAAAUCCUAUAACUUGUACUAACAUUUAUCUUUUAAGAACUACAAGUCUUUCUAUCCAUGGAUAGCUUUAGGAGAAUGUUAAUAAUGUUCAUGCCAUCUUGUUGAUUUAUUGUUAAAAUAAACAAAUACAGUACUUAUGUACCGAAUGUUGAAUGUAUAUAUCCGUCUUGUGUCUUAUCUUUCCAUUCCAAUAAUCAUUUACAGAAAAAUACGGCAUAUUUUAUAGAUGGUUUGAAUUGCGAUUAAUUACGAUUCAUUUUUAAGCUGUAAUUAACUCGAUUAAAAAUUUUAAUCGUUUGACAGCCCUCAUUUUCUGGAUAAUUUUUGAAAUAUUUGUGUGUAGGCAAAAAAAAAAAAAAAAAAGCAUUAUUUUGUGUUCUAAGUCAUAGUACAAGUGGAAGUGUUUGUAUGUGUCCCUGUGUGUCAUGUCCAGGCAAGACUUGAUCCACACCCUCUUCUUCUUUUCCUCCUUGCUAAUGUGUGUGAUUCCUCUCUCUCCUUUUAAUCUUCUUGUGUUCUGGUAUGUUAGCGGCAGAACUCUUGUUGACACACACAGAUUCACGCACGCGUAAACUUCAUUCACCGCAGGCUCUGAAGAGGUAGGCAUAUUGACUUUGACACGAAACAGAGACACUCGUCUUCUUUUCCCAGGAUGUGGUUUAAUCCUUUUUGGGUGAAUAGUAGGAGGUGUGCCAGCUGCUGACACAAUUGUACUCUUUGCUGCUGAAUAUAAGUUCAGAGCUGGCUUUCUGAAGGAGCGCCAUCAAACUGAUGGACGUCUGAGAUUGGCGGAGGCCGGUUUACUUCCGAUUUUCUUGAUGUGAAUGAGCCCGACUGCGGUUGGCCGACAGAGCCUGGACAUGUGGUGAUCAACCACAUCGGAAGGAAGAAUAUUUUUCCCCUAUGGAAUAGUCGUUUUGGACUCAUUCGCCUGGCUCCUUUUUCUGGGGCGAAAUGUUGGUUAUGAAGGUGACAAAGCUCCAUCUUCACUGCCCCGCUCAGGUAUGAGUCACAGCCGAGACCCUUAUUGGGGCACGGUCAACAGGGGUACGGCAGACUGGUUCGGUGUGAGCAAGGACAGCGACAGGAGCCAGAGAUGGAGGAGGAAGAGCCUGCAGCACUGCAGCCAUCUCUACGGGGGUCUAAAGGUUCAGGUGACGAGGGGGACGGAGCUGCCAAGCCUAGACAACUUUUCCCUGGCCAGCACCGAGACCCCUCCUCCCCUCUACGUCCCAUCCCACCACCAUAGUCACCAUCACUAUGGCAUGCAGAAGAUUGUUGACCCCCUAGCUCGUGGCCGUGCCUUUCGUACUAUGGAAGAGGUAGACGGCUUCGGCGUGGCGCUGACUGCCGCCAACCCCUGUACGGCCUCCCUCUGCUCCUAUUCCAGCUCCCGCUCGGCCCUCAGCAGGUUGCCACGGCGACGCAAACGGGAGUCUGUUGCCGUGAUGAGCCUUAGAGCAGCUGCUGCCCUGAUGAAGGGACGUUCGUUAGGCGAAAGCGCCACUAGGCGGUUUCCCAGGCGGAGUUUCUUGCCUCCCAGUGUCUUUGAAGAUGACACAGUUGACUUCCCCGAUGAGUUGGACACAUCGUUCUUCACUGGAGAGGGCUUGCCAGAUGAGUUUUCCAGCUUUGCCGAUGAGGUUUUUGAGACGGCGUCGGAAGCCGCGCGCCGACAGCUGGAUGAGGGCGGGCUCACCGGGAGUGCGCUGGAUAGGAAUGAGCUGGAGAGGAGUCACUUCAUGCUGCCAUUAGAGCGAGGAUGGCGAAAAGCAAAACACGGCUCACCUUUCCAACCCAAGGUGCCGUUGAACCGAGAAGCGGCGAGUCGGAAGCGCGGGAAAAGGAUGGCGGUGCCCGUGAAGAAGCUGUUUGCACGAGAGAAGAGGCCUUACGGGCUGGGCAUGGUCGGCCGUCUCACCAACCGAACGUACCGAAAGCGCAUUAACAGCUUCGUCAAGAAACAGAUCGACGACAUGGAUGAUCAUAGGCCUUUCUUCAGUUACUGGAUCACAUUUGUCCAUUUACUCAUCACCAUCCUGGCUGUCACCAUCCAUGGGAUUGCUCCUGUGGGCUUCUCACAACAUGAGACUGUGGAUUCAGUGUUAAGGAACAAGGGUGUGUAUGAAAAUGUCAAAUUUGUGCAACAACAAAAUUUCUGGAUUGGCCCAAACUCAGAAGCGCUGAUCCAUCUGGGAGCCAAAUUUUCCCCUUGCAUGCGUCAGGAUCGAGAGAUCCACAAGCUGGUACAGGAGAAAAAGUCCAAAGAGCGAGAGUCAGGCUGCUGCGUGAGGAACGAUCGCUCAGGAUGUUUGCAGACUUUACACGAGGAGUGUUCGACCACCUUAGCAGUGUGGGUAAAAUGGCCUCAGCACCCCAGUGCUCCUUAUUUGAAUGGUCAACCACGUCAAUAUGGUGCAGUCUGCCAUCAGGAUCCAAGAAUUUGCCAGGAACCUGCCUCCGUUUCCCCUCACGAGUGGCCCGAAGACAUCACCAAGUGGCCAGUUUGCACCCGGUACAGUUUUGUCAACCACACCAACCUCCCCCACAUAGAUUGCACAAUCACAGGUCGGCCCUGUUGCAUUGGAACCAAAGGACGAUGUGAAAUCACUUCCAGGGAAUACUGUGACUUCAUGCACGGCUACUUCCAUGAAGAAGCCACUCUCUGCUCGCAGGUGGCGUGCAUGGACGACGUAUGUGGUCUGCUGCCUUUCCUCAACCCGGAGGUCCCAGACCAGUUCUCCCGACUUUGGCUGUCCCUCUUCCUUCAUGCUGGGAUCCUUCAUUGCCUUGUAUCAGUAUUGUUCCAAAUGACAGUGCUUCGAGAUCUGGAAAAGCUAGCUGGCUGGCUGCGGAUCUCCAUCAUCUACAUCCUUAGCGGCAUCACGGGGAACUUGGCGUCAGCCAUUUUCCUGCCUUACAGAGCGGAGGUCGGUCCAGCUGGGAGUCAGUUCGGCAUCCUGGCGUGCCUCUUUGUGGAGCUCUUUCAGAGUUGGCAGAUCCUCGAGAGGCCGCGGCGAGCGCUCGCAAAGCUGCUGGCCAUCAUCGCUUUCUUCUUCUCCUUCGGUUUGCUUCCCUGGAUCGACAACUUUGCCCACCUCUGUGGUUUUGUCUCAGGAUUCUUCUUAUCCUUCGCCUUCUUGCCGUACAUCAGCUUUGGCCGCUCAGACUUGUACCGCAAGAGGAUCCAAAUCUGCGUCUCUCUGCUGGUCUUUGCGGCUCUGCUGUCUUCCCUGGUUGUCCUCUUCUACGUUUAUCCCGUGAAGUGCGACUGGUGCGAGUAUCUCACCUGUAUCCCCAUCACGGACAAGUUUUGCGAGAAGUACGACCUAAACGCAAACCUCCUUUGACUCACUUAAGUGUGUGCAGGGGACAUAAAAAUAUGGGAAAUGGAGCGGACAAUGGUGCUAUCUCACCGGGGGGUGGCGAAAAAGCGCCUUGAAGCACUUACCGUAAUUUUCGCACUAGAAGGCGCACCUGAAUAUAAGCCGCCACCUACCAAAUUUGAUGCAAAAACGACAUUUGUUCAUAGAUAAGCCGCACUAGACUAUAAGCCGCAGCCGUCCUCACUGUAUUAUGGCAUAUUUACACCAAAAGAUAUUAACUGGAAACACUUUAUUUGACAGUGGCAUCAUAAGACUGUCAUAAGACCAAAAACCAAAACCACCAUGAAGCUGUGAACCAAUUGGGUGCAAAGCUUCAUUGCUUCAAGAAGUGUCAUUUGGUCAUCACUGCUCCCUUUGGGGAGACAGUCAACCUCUGCUGCCACCUGCUGUCAACAUUGUUGUCAUCCAACAUGCCUCCUAUCAUGCAUUGAAAAUUCAUGUUCUGUGCUACUUAUUUCUUCAGUUACUGUUCUAGUUGUUUCAUUAAUUGCUAGUUAUGGGAUUUGGUAACACUUUAUUUGACAGUGGUGCCAUAAGACUGUCAUUAGACAAUCAUAAUUAUGACAUAAGACUGUCAUGAGCAUUAAUGAAUGCUAUCAACAGAUGUCAUUUAGUGUGAUGCGACAAAUUAUCUCACUUUUGAAUGGAUGUAAAAGAUCCGAGCUGGACAUAAAUGGAGUCAGUGACAUAAUUUGCCGGAUGACACUUAACGACAUCUGUCAUAAGCAUUCAGUAAUGCCCAUGAUAGUGUCAUGUCAUAAUUAUGACGGUCUUAUGAUGCUGCUGUCAAAUAAAGUCUUACCUAUUAACCCAAAUAAAUCAAGAAAUAAACCGCACUGUACUAUAAGCCGCAGGAUUCAAAAUGAAGGAAAAAAGUAGCGGCUUAUAGUCCGAAAAUUACGGUACUUAAAAUGCUUUUAAAAAAAAUAAAUAAAUGAAUAAAUAAAAUAAAAAUAACAGUUUUGACCAAGGCAUGCUGUAUAUAUAAAUUUUGAAUGAGGACAUUUUUGCAUCAAUUUUCUAAAUAAAUAAAGUAUUUGUCACUCCUCUUUAAAAAAUGUGACUCAGCAGCAGGAAAACGUCCAGAAUCUUCUUUUUAUAAGAUGUUCAUUAGUUUAUGAAAAAAUUUAAGUGCCUAUUUCUACGCUGUCUGAUUACAUACCUCAAAUACCUACUUCAUACCACUGAUACAGUACAUAGGGUUGCAACCACACUAUUUUGUGGCUCCCGAUUCCAACACCCAGCCGACUAAUCUGUAGAGAAAACUAUGAAAGUUUCCUCUACAAAUGUAUCCCCAAAGGCAGGGGUGGGCAAACCGGUCCUCGAGGGCCGCAGUGGGUCCUGGUCUUUGUUCCAACUGAUUCAGCACAGACAGUGAGGUUUCAGUGGAAACAAGAAGCACCUGACUGCAAUCAACUGAUUGCACUUGUAAGAAAGCAGAUUGGUGAAAGGCUGUCCUCAUGAUGGGUAUGAACAAAAA